CUGCAGUUUUUGCCCAUCUGACCACAUGAAGUUAAGAUUGUAAGAUGUCUGAGGAACUGACUUCCGUUUGCCAGAAGGUUCAGGCCUUUCCCACUUGGCUGCUAUCCGUGAAAAUCUUGCAAGCUAGAAAUAUAAGGAAAACAGACAGACGUAAUGGAGCAGAUUGCUAUAUAAUGCUUUGGCUGCCAACAGCUUCAAAGGAGGAAACAAGGACUCGAACUGUCUUGAAUUCUACUGCACCUGUAUGGAAUGAAACUUUCUACUUUAUGAUCCAGAGUCAAGUCAAGAAUGUCUUGGAACUGAGGAUUUAUGAUGAACACCUACUGUCCAGUGAUGACCUCCUCUUUACUAUUCUGUUUGAUGUAGAGGAAGUCUGUCCUGGAGAGAGAAUACUGGCAAACUUCAUUCUGAAUUCAGAGAAAAAAGAAGAACUGGAUGUGGAGUUUGUAGUGCAGGAACAUCUGGAUCAUCUUGAAAGCCUAAUUACGAAUGAUGUCCUGGUGUGUCAUCCACUUUCCUGUUUAAAUGUUUGUGUGGUCAAGGAGAAAAGUUUGAAGUGUUUAAAAGAAGAAAAUAAUCUUGAACUGAGAGUGAAAGGAUCAUAUGAAGAUACAUGGAAAAUGGCUUUGGAGUCUGGAUUGAUAGAGUCCUUUCACUUCCAUUACCCGACAUACUGGGAAACAGAAUUAAAUGCUCAUAUGCAGCAUUGCUCAAGUAAUGGGGAACAAGAUAAACAGAACUCUGCAUCCUUGACUAUGCCUCUGAAAUUUCUUUCUCCAGGACAAGAAGUGAAAGUAGUUCUUCCUGUGUCAGCGGAUUCUGCUCUGGAACUGAAGAUGCACACAAAGGCUUGCUCAGAACACCUUGAUAUGCGUUUGGGAUUUGAUCUAUGUGAAGAGGAAAAGUCUUUUCUGUUCAAACGGAAACAAGUGGUGGCUGCUGCUCUGAAAAGCACACUCCAGCUAGAAGUUGAUCUGUUGGAUCAUGAGGUUCCAGUAGUGGCAGUCAUGACAACUGGAGGAGGGUGCAGAUCCAUGGCGUCUCUUUAUGGACAACUCUCAGGACUACAGAAGCUUAAUAUUCUGGACUGUAUAACGUAUAUCAGCGGCACCUCUGGCUCAUCUUGGACCAUGUCCAAUUUGUAUGAAGACUCUAAUUGGUCCCAGAAGGAUCUGGCACAGCCAAUUCGUGAGGCCAAGAAGCACCUGACCAAAAACAAGAUUAGCACUUUUUCUCUGGAGAAUCUGAUUUAUUAUAAAGCAGAGCUGGGUCAUAGGGCUGAACAGGGCAUCUCUACUUCUUUCAAUGAUCUGUGGGCAGUCGCACUUGAGAAUAUCUUGCAUGAUAAGGUGGAUGAUUUUAAACUCUCUGAUCAGCAGCAGGCUGUGAAUGAAGGGCAGAAUCCUCUGCCCAUCUAUUUAGCCCUUAAUGUGAAAGAAAACCAUAUUUCUGCUUUUGAUUUUAAAGAAUGGUGUGAAUUUUCCCCUUAUGAAAUUGGUUUUCCAAAAUAUGGAGCAUUUGUUCACUCAGAAGAUUUUGGAAGUGAAUUCUUCAUGGGACGGCUAAUGAAGAAAAACCCAGAGUCUCGGAUUUGUUAUUUAGAAGCAUUAUGGAGCAAUACUCUUGCUGUGAAUCUGCUUGAUGUCUGGAAUAAACUGAGCAGUACAGAUGAAUAUUGGCAGAAACUUAUCCAAAGCAAAAUAAGGAACAUAGAGAAAGACCAUGUUCCACCGCAGAACUCCACCUACUUGGAGACCUCUUGGAUGUGCCCUGAUGGGAUGCUCUCUAAGAUUAUAAGGGAUAUUUUAAUUGAUCGUCCUUUGCAUCCUCAUGUCCAUAAUUUCCUCAGGGGUUUGCAUCUGCAUAGAGAUUACUACCAAGAUAGCCAAUUCUCUUUAUGGAAAGACUGUCAACUAGACCAGUUCCCUAACAGACUUACUCCAUCUGAAGAUGAUAUAUCAUUGGUCGAUGCUGCAUAUUUCAUCAAUACAAGUUGUCCCCCACUCUUGAGGAAAGAGAGGAAAGUGGAUGUCAUCCUAUCAUUUGAUUACUCCCUCGACGCCCCUUUCCAGUCUAUAGAGCAAACAGAAAAAUACUGCAUGGAGCAUGGAAUCCCUUUCCCCAGGAUUUCACUGAGUGAAGAAGACAAGGAGAAUCCAAGAGAAUGUUAUCUGUUUGUUGAUGAUGAGAAUAAAAGAGCUCCCGUAGUGCUUCAUUUCCCACUUGUGAAUGAUAGUUUCCAGAACUUCAAAGAACCUGGAGUGGAACGUAGCAAAGUAGAGAUGGAAGAAGGUACAGUCCCACUUGCUGGUUGUCACUCACCAUACCGCUUGAUGAAUUUCACCUAUACUAAGAAGGACUUUGACAGACUCCUCAAGUUGACUGAGUACAAUGUGCUGAAUAGCGGAGAUUGGAUUCUUCAGGCUUUCUGCAUGGCCAUAGAACAGAAAAAAUAUGGCAGGCAGCAAAGUCCAUCCACUUGA